AACAUACCGAGAAUUUCUACGCCCUGCCAGCGUUGUUGCUGACCAGGCCAGCGAAUGAUAAUCGAUAUGUCGACUACUGAAAACGAUUCUAACCUCAAAAUAGGACAAGUUGCUUGUAGCGUGCUUGUAGCAUGAAUGACAUAUAGGAAUGGCAGCGAUAUUACGUGUGAAACGUAGUUAUUAUGAUGAACCAUCAAAUGCUUUGGUAAUUUCAUAUAAACGCCAAAAAAUUGCGAAAGACGAAGAUACCGAAGAUGUACUAUCAGAUUCUAUAACCACACUUGCUAAAUUUGCCGGAACUGUAAAAGAACAGGAUGAGAAUGUGGAACAUUUAAUUCAAGGUUAUGGGAAAGAUGAAUUACAAGCUAAUUUCAAACAUCAUAUAGAUACGAAACAGAUUCUAAGUAAAAUAAGAGAAGCAACAAAACAGGCUUCAGCAAAAAAUCGUUAUAAAGUAGUUAAUUGUUUCCGAUCAUUGGAUAAUUCUAGUAGUGAAAAUGCCGAAAGAAACGUUACGACAGUAGUAAUAGAUGUGGAGGACUCGAAAUCCAUAGCAAAAAGGGAUUCUAUAGGAAAAGUAAACAAUAUAAAAGAUGACGAUUAUGUAUAUGAUUUAUAUUAUGUUCAAUCUGAGAAUGAUAUGUUCCUAGAUGAUGAAGUAUCCGUAUAUGCAUUCGAACAAGAACUCGUUUUUGAUAAUUAUAGAGAUUAUCCUGAAGCUGAAUGCGAAUCAGAGGAUUCUAAUUCAGAGUCAAAUUGGAGAAAUGAUUAUCCUGACUCUAGUUAUUCUGAAGGAUCAAUUAAUGAAGAUGACAUGAUAGAGGCUGUUGCAAACAUGAGAUUAGAGGAGGAAUCUGAUUUAUCUGAAGAUGAUGAUUUUGUUUAUGCCGUUGACCAGGCUAUUGUAGAAAAUUAUGGUUAUAGGUAUGCAAGAUAUAAAGCAAGGAUGAUGAAAGAGUUAGAGGAAGACAACGACGACGAUGACGACGACGACGACGACGAUGACGACGACGACGACGAUGAUAAUUAUGAUGAUUUCAGUAUAUGUGUGUCUGAAGAUUCGAAUGAGCAUAAUAAUAAUGAAGUAGAUUCCGAAUAGUUGUUCAAUUAUAUAUAGAUCUUUUUAUACCGAAAGAAAAUAAUAAUUGGUGAUCAGUGAUGUUAACAUAAUACAUUUUCUAUCAUGUAAAAUAAAUUCAGUUAGUGAAAUCGA